AUGACGGAAUUAUCAAUUUCGCAGAAAGCAGCCGGUUUAUCGAAGGCACCUACUAUUACCACUGAACCCCAAUAUGAUGAUGAGCCUCGGCGUGACACUUCUGGUGAUAUCAUCGAGGAUGGCUUGAGAAGAGGGCUCAAAGGUCGCCAGUUCGUGAUCAUUGCUUUGGGAAGUAUCAUCGGACCAGGCUGUUUCUAUGGUCUGGGGUAUGGAAUUUAUGAAGCAGGUCCAUUGGGACUGCUGAUUGGCUUCUCAAUCGUGGGUGUCUCGAUGUGGAUAUUGAUGCAGAGUGUUGGGGAAGUAGCUACUCUCUUUCCAGUCCAUGGCGGAUUUGUUGAGCACUGUGAUCGAUUUGUAGAUCCAGCCUUCAGCUUUGCGGUGUCGUGGCUCUACUAUUUCAUGUGGAGUGUCUUCCUAGCAUCAGAUUGGAACAAUGCCACGGUAUUCCUCCAAUUUUGGAUUCCAGAUACCACCAUUCCCGUCUGGGCUUGGUACAUCUUGUUCUUUGUCUUCUUCUCCCUUCUGACUACUCUUGGGGUAAAUUUCUAUGGAGAGACAGAGUACUACUUUGGGAUGUUCAAAUUCUUCUCUUUGGUCGUGCUGUUUUUCAUAUCAAUUCUUGCCGAUACUGGUGCAUUUGGGAACGGGUAUGUAGGGUUCAAGUAUUGGAAAGAGCCAUACGGCCCAAUCCAAAAUGGCACCAAUGGCUUUGGUCAAGUAUUUGUCCUGGCCGCAGCAUACUAUGUUGGGACUGAAAUUGUUUCCGUUGCGGCGGGCGAGUCUAAAAAUCCACAACGCGAUGUUCCUCGUGCAACAAAUUCCAUUUUAUAUCGCAUCCUGUUCGUGUUUAUUGGGAUGUCAUUUUUUCAAGGUUUGAUAUGUCCUUCAACAUCGGAUGAUCUGGUGCAUCCCGCCUCGAAAACCGCAUCAUCGCCAUUCACGAUCGGCUUUCAGCUAGCCGGUUGGAAGUCUUCCGCGCAUUUUGUCAAUGCUAUCAUUCUCAUAGCCUUCAUUUCCGCCGCGAACGGGGUAAUUUACAUUCAAUCACGGGCACUAUACUCACUUGCUUUGAAACGGAAAGCGCCUUCGUUGUUCGCGAAAACAAAUGCCAGAGGAGUUCCGUAUCCGGCCAUUAUUUUCUCCAAUAUGUGGGGAUUCUUGGGCCUGAUGUCCUUACAAACAACUGCAGGAAGCCUGUUUUCCUAUUUCACAUCGUUUGGUGGGACAGCAGCAUACAUCGCAUGGGCUGCUAUCACAUUUGUUCAUAUUCGAGUUCGCACGGCGGCUACAAGGAAAGGUAUUGACGCAAAGGAGUUCCCCUUUACAGCGCCAGGUCCCAUAUCCCUUUACUGGGGAAACUUCUUCUUCAACAUCUUUCUACUCUUGAUCCAGGGAUUCACGGUGUUUGAGACGCCAUUUGACUACAAGCUGUUCAUUGCUUCCUACAUCAGCAUUCCGGUGUUCUUUUUCAUGUACAUUGGGUACAAGUGGUAUUUCAAGACCAAAUGGGUACUGUUGUAUGAGAUUGAUUUCCCUCAGAGAUCGAAAUGGCGCACCAGAGAUCUUGAAAAUACCAAGAAAACGUCAUGGGGAACAAGGAUAUUGAGAUUAUUGAAGGAGUAG